CGGAUGCCAGCUGCCGUAAAACACCAAAGAAGAAGCAGUCAAUAGCCACAGUGUUGACUAACCACAUCAUAUCCGCUGCCAGACACAACACGAAACACAGCAACACAAACUACUGCACAUUGCAAUGGAUGGAAAAGUAAGCGACCCGUUUAGCAGUGAGGCCGAGCAGCUUCCAGGGGCAGGAAUAAUGGGCAAGCUGUGGCUGCCCAGAGGUCUGUCUGGGAAUGUGAUGAAGGAUUGGAUAGAUCGUAGGCGGAAAGCCAUCCGUCCUUGGGCAACCUUUGUAGACCAGCGCAAGUUUUCCAAACCCCGGAACUUUGGAGAGAUGUGCCAACGUGUGGUGAAAAACAUGGACACCUUUUACAGCAACUACACCUUCAUCUUUCUGGGACUCAUCCUGUACUGCAUCAUCAGUUCACCUAUGCUGUUAAUUGCCUUGGGAGUGUUUGCUGGUGCUUUCUAUAUAAUCCACUUGAAAACCCUUGAAAAGAAGCUUGUGGUUUUCGGUCGUGAGUUGACUCAGGGACAUCAGCUAGGGUUGGCAGGAGGUGUUUCCUUCCCCGUGUUCUGGCUUGCAGGUGCCGGAGCAGCUGUAUUCUGGAUACUAGGUGCUACAAUAGCCGUUAUUGGGUCUCAUGCAGCAUUUCGUGAGCUGGAGUCGUCUGACUUGGAGGAGCUUCUCAUGGAGCCUGUAUAAAUAUACACCUCUCACCUAUGACCUUUCAGCUUAUUACCCUAUAAUGUCCUGCCUUGUUUGUAUUGCCACAUAUUGGUUGUGGUACUUUGAAUUAUGCAUCAAUGAAUUAAACAAUAUCAAUUUACUCGCAGACAGACCGGCUGAGAAAUCCAGACAGACUGUUAAAUGCCUUUACUGGUACCAGUUGGAUAGCAUUUGCAUUGUUACAAAUUGAAAUGUGAAUUACUUUCUCAAAACACAUACCUGAGCGUUAAGCUUGAAUAAAAAUCCUUUAUCAUUGCAGUAGUUAUGAUAAAGUACUUAUUUUAUCAUUUAGUAAUUUUGAAAUUAUUUUACAAUGUGGCAAUUUUAUUACAAUUCUCGAAUGUCUGGAAUAGAUUUGCAGAGGCAAAAAUGGGCUAUGCUAGCAAAAAAAAACCCUAGAUAUAAUUUGUUCUCCUCUUCUGCUCUCAUUUUACAUAGAGGGUACGGGUCAUUGCAUAAUAGUUUUUUAGUAAUAUUUCAUUCAUUUGUUCUGUUUUCUUACAUGGCCUUGUUACAUCAGCAUGAUUUAAUGUCAGCAUAUGUCAGUGACAGCAAAGAUCGCUUUUUAUACAGUGUAUUACUGCUAUUCUGUGUAAUCAGUUCAUCAUAAUGCCAAUAUUUACAACGGAAGGAUUUGUUUGAUCUGUGUUGUCUUAUUUUGUAAACAUUUGUUUCAUGCAUCUUUUGUUAUACAACAUGCUUCUUUUGUAUCAAGGAAUGAAAGUGCAAUAAAAUGCUCAGCCUGGAACAUA